UUGAAUUCCACUUGGUCGAUCUUUCAAAAACGCAUGAGCACCGCCGCCGCCGCUGGCCACAUUGGCGCUGGCAGCGUCGUGGAAUGGCACGACGAUGAAGGCGACGUGAGCGUACCUGUGCAAGCAUAUCUCGUGUAUCCUGAUGUGCAUGUGGGCCGCAUCAUGACGGGUGUCGUCGUCGUCCCCGACUGUGCGGGAUUCAGCACGACGUACGUACGCACGUUCGCCGACAAUCUCGCGGAGCAGGGGUAUAAAGUCAUUGUGCUGGAGCUGUCUGUGACCACGGCGACUGCGGACGAAUGGACAAACUCUGGUACAUUCCGCAAAUGGAGGGACUCCGCCGUGGCGGCAGAAGCAACGACCGUGCGACGAGCUUUGCGAUGCCGCGACCUGCUCAAGCACACAUACGAGGUGCAGCGCGUGGGCGUCCUAGGCCUCGGAUAUGGCGCAGAAGUCGCGAUUCGUCUCGCUAACUCCUUUGACGCCGUUGCACUUCUCAGUCCCACGGCACUUCCUGCGCCGUCCCCAUCGAUUCCCACUCUCUUGGUCGCUGGAGACCGCAACGAGUACAUCGAUUCCUCCAAGAUCAAAGCGUUCGUCGAGAGCUUUCCGUCUUCUCCGCAUGCUGUACGGGUGCGGGUCGUGCCUGGCCAGCGGCAUGGCUUUGCUCUGAGCCGCAUCGCCGACGAAGAUGCGGCGACACUCGCGAUCGCGGACAUCCUGGACUGGUUCAUCAUGCACCUCCACCGAUUUCGCACGGCACUGUGCACGAGUGACGGGGACCCGUGGUGGCCGCAGGGCAAGAAUGGUCCGUUCUACAACGUCGGCCUCGGCAGAUGGCAAGCCCAGCGAGCUUCAUGGCUCACCGUGACGCGACCAAGGCCGCCCAAGCCCGAGCCCGUGGCGUUGGAACUCUUGCUCGAAGGCCUGACCUCUAUGAAGCGGACGUACGACUUGCCGCACCCGAUGGCGCUCGCCGAUCUCGUCGGGAUCUAUAUCGAUAUCUGGGACAUCAACCAAUAAUGCGAUAUCUCGAAAGCCGCUUGAUUCCGA